GUACUGUGUAGUCCCGAGCUAUUCGCACCUCGUCUCUAUCCUGCUUAUAUGCCAAUCUCGCUCUGCGGCGCCGCACUCGGGAUACAUACAGAUGCCAGGCUCCUCAGGGCUUCCGAUUAGUCUGCGCGACACGUUCAAUGCAAGGAAGGGGUCCGCAAGGAGGCAGCUUGUCAAUGCGCAAUUGAAUGUUGAUGUCAUCCGUAAUAUAGUAUUCAUUCUCUUCCUGCUCCGCUGGACCCGCAAACUAUUCUACCAACUCAAAGGUCGCGGUAUCGUCGGCUCUGCCGUCGACCUCUACACAUAUACCCGUCGCGUCCUCUAUGGCAUAUUCCUCCGGCUUCCUGGCGUGCGCACAAAGGUGCAAACGCAAGUCGCAGAAAGUAUCCUGAAACUAGAAAGGAGAUUGGUCCCCUCGGGACCUGGGGUUCAGCGAACUACAAGAUUGCCUGCGGAAGGAUGGACAACGGAACAGGUGCAGAAGGCGCUGAAUGAUCUGGAGGGAAUGGACCAUACAAGAUGGGAGGAUGGGAGGGUUAGCGGCGCGGUGUAUCAUGGUGGGGAGGAUCUAUUGAAGUUGCAGACGGAGGCGUUUGGGAAGUUCACGGUGUCGAAUCCGAUCCAUCCGGAUGUGUUUCCUGGCGUGAGGAAGAUGGAGGCCGAGGUUGUGGCUAUGGUUCUCUCGCUGUUCAACGCUCCAGAAGGCGGAGUCGGCGUCUCUACCAGCGGAGGAACCGAAUCUAUCCUCAUGGCCUGCCUGAGCGCGAGAAACAAGGCAUAUCAGGAGCGCGGUGUCACUGAGCCGGAGAUGAUCCUCCCAGAAACCGCGCAUACGGCGUUCCGGAAGGCUGGAGAGUACUUCAAGAUCAAGAUCCAUCUUGUCGCCUGCAAGGCCCCGCAGUACAAAGUCCACCUCCCCUCCGUUGCCCGCCUGGUCAAUCCCAACACCGUGCUGCUCGUUGGAUCUGCCCCGAACUUCCCGCACGGAAUCAUUGACGACAUCUCGGGGCUGUCUCGCAUAGCUCACAAGAAGAAGAUCCCCCUCCACGUGGACUGCUGUUUGGGCUCCUUCCUCGUUCCUCUCCUAGCCAAGGCUGGCUUCGAAUCCGAACCCUUUGAUUUCCGCCUCAAGGGCGUUACAAGCAUUAGCUGUGACACCCACAAGUAUGGCUUCGCUCCCAAGGGCAACAGCACCGUUCUUUACCGCUCCGACGACUUCCGCAAGUACCAGUACUUCAUCUCUCCGGAUUGGCCCGGAGGCGUUUACGCUUCCCCUAGCAUGGCAGGGUCCCGCCCUGGUGCCCUCAUCGCCGGAUGCUGGGCAAGUCUGGUGAAGCAGGGAGAGAACGGGUAUAUCGAUGCGUGUCACAAGAUUGUUGGGACGAUGAAGAAGAUUGAGACCGCUAUCAGGGAGAUGCCGGAACUCUGCUCGGAUUUGAAGGUCAUCGGCCGUCCCUUGGUCUCCGUGGUUGCUUUCCAGUCACAUACCCUCGACAUCUACGAUAUCGCCGACGGUAUGAGCGAGAAGGGGUGGCAUCUCAAUGCUCUGCAGUCGCCGCCGGCGAUUCACAUUGCUGUCACGCUGCCUAUUGUGGCGGCUGUAGAUCAGCUUAUUGCGGAUCUGGUGGAGGUUACUGAGGAGGUGAAGGAGCGGGAGAGGAAGAGGAUAGCUGAGGGGAAGGGGGCUAAGGGCGCUGUGAAGGGGGAUACGGCGGCGUUGUAUGGGGUUGCGGGGAGUCUGCCGAAUAAGAGUGUCGUAGUGGAUUUGGCGAAGGGGUUUUUGGAUACAUUAUAUAAAGUAUAGUAGCGGGUUGUGGUAGGUCGUGAUCGAAUGCUAGGUUCUGGUAGUGGUUUGUGAUAAAGCGUUCUCGUUUUCUUGCAUAAAUCUGACAAAAUAGGCGCAUCCAUACGCUUUGCCGUACCUAUGUGGAUAUACAGUCGUCUAGUCCUAUCAUACAACCCCUGUCC